AUGGCAUCCAACCCCGAACCCGCUCAACCUCCACCACAAACCCAAUCUCAUCCACGCCCACCGCCACCACCCGACUUCAACCUCACCUACCCCCCCUCCUUAGAACCCUACAACGUCCCCGCGACAACCUGGCUCACCACAAACUCCAAAUCAUGGGACGGCCUCGCAACAGGCGCCCUCGUCUUCUCCCCCACGACCAACAAAAUCCUCCUCCUCCAGCGCGCCGCCCACGACAGCAUGCCUCUACGCUGGGAGACGCCCGGCGGCGCAGCGGACCCGGAGGACACGAGCCUGUUCGCGGCGUGCGCGCGCGAGCUGUGGGAAGAGGCUGGGCUCGAGGCCGUGGCGAUCGUUACGGUGAAGGGUGAUGAUGAUCGGGGGAAAGGGGUGGAGGAGAGGGUGAGGAUCGAUCCGGAGGAGCAUUGCGAUUUUGUGUGGGCUUCCGAGGAGGAGGUUCGGAGGGAGAGGGUUGGAGAGAGGGAGAUUCCCAUUACGAAUGGGCAGAUGGCGAGGUUGAUCCUCGAUGGGUUCCGGAGGAGGAGAGAAGAGGAGGUCUAG